AUGGCGGCUCGUCUCACUUUCGGUCCUCAAGACGCUUCUUCUUCCUUUUCUUCUUCGGCGCCAUCGUCGUCGAACUCUUUUGCACGCUUCAACGCAAACGCUUCCAGUUCAUACCCCAGCAUGGCUUCGUACGGCUCUUCCCCUUACGCUUCGACGAGCUCGAGCUCGCCAUCCGAGUCGCCGCUCGACAAGGUGCGCGAGUACACGUCCAAGGUCGAGGAUCUGAUUGACCAGUACACGCAACCCAUCAAGCCGCAUCUUCCCGCGCUCGGUCGAUUCCUCAUCGUCGUCACUUUCCUCGAGGAUGCGCUUCGAAUCGUAACGCAGUGGUCGGAUCAAAAGUACUACUUGCAACGUCAUCGUGGUUUCCCUUGGGGCAUCAGCCACCUUUUCCUCCUUGCCAACGUGCUUGUCAUGUGUGCUGCCUCUGCAACCGUCAUCAUGCGCAAAUACCCCGAGAUCUCGGUGGGCGCUCUGUUCGGUGUCGUGGUGGCGCAAGGCUUCGGAUACGGACUCAUCUUUGAUCUCAACUUUUUCCUGCGCAACCUGUCGGUGGUCGGUGGCCUGCUCAUGGUGCUCUCGGACAGCCUGUCGACCAAGAAGAACAUCUUUGCUGGCUUGCCGAGCCUGAGCGAGACGGACCGCAAGAUCUACUUCCAGCUGGCAGGCCGUGUGCUGCUCAUCUUCCUGUUUAUCGGUUUCAUCAUUCAGGGCGAGUGGUCGUUGGCACGCGUGCUCGUGUCGGUGCUGGGCCUGGGCGCUUGCGUCAUGGUGGUGGUCGGCUUCAAGGCUCGAUGGAGCGCCAGCUUCCUGGUGCUCAUCCUCAGCGUGUUUAACCUGUUUGUCAACAACUUUUGGACGGUGCACUCGGCGCACCCUUCGCGCGACUUUUUGCGCUACGACUUUUUCCAGACGCUCUCGAUCGUCGGCGGUCUGCUGCUGCUUGUCAACAUGGGACCUGGUGGUCUUUCCGUUGACGAGCGCAAGAAGGUCACCUAA